AUGAUGGACCCGCCGCGCCAGGCAACCGUGCCUCCCUCAUCCUCGGGUCCCCUCUCGUCCCUCACCCAAGUGUCCGCCGCCACCAGCACCAUUUCAUCGUCCGCUGCCCCGGGCAUUUCGGCCUUGGCCCCGCAGUUUGACCUCGCCCUCACCGCGUCCGCGCGCCGCUCGGCUCCCCCCAUUGGCUCGCUCUCUCCGCAGGGCACACCGUUUGGCACGCCCUCCCCGGCAAACAUUAACCAUCUCGCCCUGCGGGAACCCAGUAACCCCACUCAUCAACAACAACAUCAACAUCAACAACAACACCCGCUCCGUUCCCCACCGCUUCUCGCUAAAGAGUUUCUUCAAGAGGCCGAAGCCCACUCGAACUUCGAUUUUCGCUCGCCAAACCUCUCAUCCGCACACGCUUAUUCUACUUCCGCCUCCUCUGUACCGCUCCACCAACACCCAGAUCCGCUUUUUCCGAACACCAUCCCACCGCAAACUGCACCGCUACCCCAACCCGCAGCUGACUUUGACCUCUUUGGCCUGGCCACACUCGACCUCGGCCCGCCUGUUUUCGACAACCCGCUACAGCCUUCACCCGCCUUGCACCAACCGCUUUCCUCCCCCACCCGCUUACCGCAUACAUCCCCCCUCUUCCCGACUGAUACCUUACAUGCUUUUGACCCGCCCCAAUCACCGCGCAAGUCCCCACCUGCCAUCUCGCCCCCUCCGCUUCUCUCUCCAUCGUCUCGCUCCCCGCGGGAGCAGCCGCAUCCGACUCGCUGCGUAUUGCUGAGAAACAUACCUCCCGGUAUUGAUGACGAUGACAUUAGGAGUGUGCUUCAACAGUAUGGACCCCUCAGGGACCUUGGCGCUCAGCAGCGUUCGAGAGGCGGCCGUGGUUCGGUACUGGCUACUUACUACGAUUUGAGGCAUGCGCGCGCGGCUGUCAAAACUCUUCACGAGGCAGUGCACUUUGGCCGAAGGUUGGACGUUAGGUUCCAAUGUCCCACCGACACCUCCAUGUCAAAUCUUGCCAUGACCUCUCCGGUUUCCACCAGCAGCGGCACUAUUGGGGGCCCGGCUAGUCCGUGUUCUAAUCAGGGUACACUCGUCGUCUUCAAUCUGGACAAUUCCACUUCUGCAGAGGAUAUUCGCGCCUUGUUUAGCGAGUAUGGUGACGUCAAGGAGAUCCGCGCCACACCAAACAAGAGGCACCACAAGUUCGUCGAAUUUUACGAUGUUCGUGAUGCGGAGAAGGCCAUGCGUUCAUUGAACAAGACCGAAGUUGCCGGUAAGAGGAUUAAGAUUGAGAUAUCAAGGCCUGGUGGACGUGCCAGUAACCUUCCGAGAAAUGCCUCUCCAGGAAAUGCCAAAUCUCAACAAGCUGCCAUUCACCAUUUUCACGUUCAGCAGAGGCACCACCCAUCAAGCAACCACGCCGCAUAUCCCCCGGAUAUUUCCGGUUUUCAGAGUGCGUCGCCUAGACGACAGGCAGUGGACUCGAGCCAUUCGUCGAAUCAGCACAUGGCCUCUGCGUUUUUACCGGGGAUGCAUCCAGGUGUACAGAAUCCGACACACUCUGCGUUUGGCGAGGAGUCGGAAAUUUCCCCUCUGGAUGAGUUUGGAGGAGUUGGCAGGGACCUCGCGAAUCUCAUUGGUUCAAAGAGCUUUGAUGCGGGUAUUGGCCAUUUGCAACCGAGUUCGUACGACGCGUCUUAUGGAAAUGGCCAUCGCAGCCAGGAGUUUGACUUCGGUCUAAUGCACGGAAGUUACGACGCAUUAGCGGAAAAUCAGAUUGCAACGUCCAGUGGAAUGGAACAACGUCCUGAUUUACAUCAAAUGUAUUCGGAUCACGCGAUAGAGUUGAGCAAAUUUUCUAAUCCGCCCAUGAUGCCAUCCAGCGCACCAAGGUAUCCGGCGGACUCUUAUAUUAAGGCCCUGUACAAUUCCCCAGACUCGGAUGACAGUCGCAAAGCCAUGUCACCGAUACAAUCACCGCCUGAACGUUCCCCGUUCUCGUUGGGAAAGGCGGGCGGACCUGGCGCAGGCAUUGCCGGUCUCAACCUGUACAAGAAUGCGGUGGGAGAUGAAAUUCCAACCGGGAAUGCGUUUCCGAGCAAUCGAGGUCACAAUAGAACGGCGAUGACGAGUCUUGGACGUCGUAUGAGUGGCCUUCAUGUUCCUCAGGGGGUCAUCGGCGGUGAUCGUGGAUACGCGCAAAGACACACCAGUAACAAAGGAGUUGUUGGUGCUGCACAGAACGGUGGGAACAAAGCCUACUUUAAUCAGCAACAAGGAAACUCCAAGUAUGCACUUGAUAUCAGGAAGGUGCGGUCUGGGGAAGAAACCCGCACAGCGCUCAUGAUACGGAAUAUACCCAACAAGUACAAUCAAAAGAUGCUUCUCAGCACUUUGGAGGAGGAGCAUCGCGGCAACUUUGACUUUAUCUAUCUGCCGAUAGAUUUCAAGAACAAGUGCAACGUUGGGUACGCUUUCAUUAAUUUUACGAAGCCGCAGUAUAUCGAGCCAUUCUAUCACGCUUUUCAUGGGAAGAAGUGGGGUCGCUUCAACUCUGAAAAGGUCUGUGAAAUCACUUUUGCUCGAAUUCAAGGACGGCAGCAGCUUAUUGCUCAUUUUCAGAACUCCAGCCUCCUUCUCGAGGAUCCAAAAUGUCGACCGGUCAUCUUUGAUGCCAACGGAAGGCAAGAAGAAUUCCCGAUAGGUUCGCAUGUGCGCACUCGGCGGGGACCAUCUAGCAGGGAUUCGUCCCAAAGAGCGUGUGAAAGCUCUCCACCGUAUUCGCCCACCAAGCAAAGGGGCAGAGGCCAUGCCUAG